AUGCUGCCGUGGUUUCAGGUGUGGUGGCAGCGGUGGGGCCAUGUCAGUUCUGCUCAGGUGGAACUGCACAGACAGACGGACAGACGGCGCGGCGACCGGCUGGCGUCAGCGGCCGCACGCCUGUCACACACACCGCCGAGGAACGCACACACGCGCACAAUGAGUGCUCAGUCCCCCGCAUCACGCACCAUCGGCAGCAGCAAUGUCAAAUAUUCACGCGGGCGCGAGGGAGCGAGAGGUGAGGCUCAGGAGAAAGGGUUAAAAUGUCAAAAAGAGCAGUACUCACCGCGGGUGCUUUUCUUUGGGAGACACAGGAGUUUGUCAAGUUGUGAAGGGAGGACUCUGAAGUGA